CAGCCGCCAGUUCGCCGUGAGCGUUCGUAAUGCGAGGACAGUCUGUGGCCACGUCAGCGAGCGCGGAGCAAUCUCACCUCUCGCUUUAAACGACACAGAGAGUGAGCGAACACGCAGGCGACAAUCGUCGAUUUUCCUGAUUCUCGGAAAGCGAGCAAGAUCGGACGAUCAGAGAGCGAAGGCUUCUCCGCUCAUCUUUUUACGAUCGAGCCGUCAGACGGGCGCCGUUCUAACUUCUAAACACAAGGAUUUGAAACGUGCACGAGGAUCGGCAACUUCGAAUUUAUUAUUCCGUUCUUCUCUUCACUUUUGUGGAAGAAUUCGAUACGAAACAACUAUUCGUUCGGUUGGAGUUAAAUGAUUCGGGUGACGUGUGUUCGAUCCGAAUGAUCCAGAGUUUCGACCGAAUCAGCUGAUCGCGAUACCGUUUCAACGGUUUAAUGGACUUUGUGGAGCUGCCUUGUGCGCGCGUCUUGCAUCGUGACGAAGGAGAAACAGAAACAGUAAUACGGACAGCUGAGUAAGUCGCGCGUGUGAGAGGUGUAAGUGGAAGAAAGAAAGGAGAUCACAUAAAAACAGGUGAAAGAAAAACAGACUUUUUCUCAGUUUGAAGUGUUGAGACAUUCUUCCGGUUGUUCCGGCAGCGCGCGGGUUUGUUUUAAUUUCGCGCGGCACCGACACCUGCUACAACUGCAACAACUGCGCGGGGGGGAGGGAGGAUUUUAUCGCGGAACUUUCGUGGCGCCGCCGUAUACCGUGUGGUGUGCGCGGGGUGAGAGCUUGAAGUUUGCGAGCGCAAGGUGGGACGGAGUGCAACCGUGCGCGCGCGCGUGCGGGAUAAAGAGAGAAAGAGAGAGAGAGAGAGAGAGAGAGAGAGAGAGAGAGAGAAAGACAAAAACGAAACACGAUACUCCGAGAAAGUUUACUCGCGACGUGCCGGUCGCGCUAGAGAACACCUCAUUCUCUAUAUACGAGAGUAGGAUCGUACCACGCGCCAGAGGAAGCCGUCAGACGGAAGCGAAGAAAGGAGACAGAAGAGGAAACGACAAGAACGGUAGGGAGGAGAGAGUGCGUCACCGCGUGCAUUCGUCUAUCGUUGUCAUUCUCGCGCUCCCCCCGCCUUUGUGCUCCUUGUGAUUGUCGCCGUGCCUUCGCCUAUGGCUUGUCAGUAGCGGAGAAAAACAGACGGAAGAGCGAAGGAUAGAGAGACAGGAGGACAGAGGCGGACAGGCCGAUAGAGACCGUCGAGGCAGAUAUUUCUCACUAAGAGGGAACAGAGGGGGGCAUCCCGGCAAACUGAAUAUGUCCGCCAAGCGAAAGUCCACUGCCAUCAUGCAGCAUCACAAGGAAAACAUCUCGACCCCGGAGCCAGCCGACAUAUCCGAGGACGAUCACUAUCCAAUUUCGGCAGGCUCGCUUAUGAAAGACCCGGAUAAGCUGAAGCUGAUGCUGCUCGCGUGGAAUUAUAAUCUUCAGGCACAGGCACAAGCGCAGGUCCAGGCAAACGCCCUCUCGCCAAAUAACUCUUCGACUACCACAGCUACCACCGUUGGCACACCUGUCACCAGCCAAUCAGCUAUUUCCACGGCAAACAACACCAUUAACAACUCUACACUCACAGAUUCCCGAAACGGUUCCUCGGAAUUGGUGGACAUGCCAGCGGGAACCGUACCGAGUUUGGGCGCCGUGGCGGGCGGCGAGGACAUGGCUUCCUUGUGGGCAUCUUACGCCAUGGGUUACAAGAAAACGUCCCCGCCGGCGUCGUCGGUGACGCCCUCGCGAUCGGAUCGCGAUCGAGAGUCCAGCCCGCCCGGCGGCGAGGGGACGGGAAGCGCCCACGAUGAAACCAGCAGUAGUGGCAAUAAGGAAGACGAGGACGAUGAUGACAUGGAUGCGGACGAAGGACUAGACCCGAGACAUCACGAUCCGGAACGUCUCAAGGCGUUCAACAUGUUCGUCAGACUGUUCGUCGACGAAAACCUCGACCGUAUCGUGCCGAUCUCGAAGCAGCCCAAGGAGAAGAUACAGGCGAUCAUCGACAGUUGCACGAGACAGUUUCCCGAGUUCGCCGAAAGGGCUAGGAAGAGGAUCCGAACGUACCUGAAGAGCUGUCGGAGGAACAAACGCGGCAGAGAGGGUCCUUGGGACACCGCGAGACCCACGCCAGCACACUUGACCUCCGUGCAGGCCGAGCAGAUUCUGGCAACCGCCUGCGAAAACGAGAGCGACAACGCGAAACGCAUGAGAGUCGGUUUAGAGCCUGUGUCGCAGCCUAUGCCAACUCUUCCGGCCGCAACGCAAACGGACGUUCGAUCAAGUUUGGAACACUUCUCAAGCACGCCGAUUAAAUCACUUCCGGGUAAGAGGGAGGAUACCCCCCCGGCAUCACUAACGUCCCUGACACCUUUAACCAGUUUGGCGAAUUUACCGAGCAGCACCCUUUCCUCCACGCCGUUGUCGCUCGCAUCCGCGUCAAAGUUGCUCACGCCAACGGACAACAAGAGUCUCAUGAGCCAGGCGACGAUAGUCAGUUCGUCGACGGUGAAUGGUGUCGGCAGUGGCGGUGCACCGACAGCCAUGUACAGACCUAACUUUAGCCAGGCGUUUCAGCGCGCCGGGCCUACAACGGUACCGCCGACCCUCUCAGCCGGGCUCUACCCGACCCAAAGUUUCACAUCAGGCCUACUGAGCAACGGUACACAAAGACCGACUGACCUUAGCAUGAAGAACACGAAGCCACUGCUAAGUCACAAGUUGAACGCGACGGAAAUGACCGCGGUGAGGCAGCUGAUAACUGGAUAUCGGGAAUCUGCUGCCUUUUUGCUCAGAUCCGCCGACGAGCUGGAGCAACUGUUGCUCCAGCAACCAUAGAGCUACAUUUAUAUGGCCAGCGCUCAGCCGCUUGGCUCAUAAUCACAAUAGUCGAUGGGAAAGCGAUGCGAGUAUUGGAUGUACCAACAUGCUAUGGACACUGCGAGCUCUAUUUGAUCAUCGAGAGUAACGUUGGAGUUAGAUUCAACGUAGAUUCAUUGAUAUAGUUCUUCAAGGGCGUUUGUACUCUGUCGGCAAUGCGACUUUUCUUAUAAACUUACCCUCUGCUGCAAAGUGAUCUACUUGCGCUAAACGGAUCGAUUCGAUCUAACAAAACAAGAGUGCAAAAUUGUAUUUAAACGAUAAACUAGUUUGAGAUUAAUUAGAGAAAUUAAUCGGAAUUACUUUAUAAUGGACAAAAAGAUUUCGUUGAUGAAAAGAUAAAGGUCGAGUUUGAAAUUGCGAUGCAAGCUUCAGGUUGCUAGAAAAGAGUGAUUUCUUUAUACAUCAUAAUUUGAUUAAAAAUGCCAAUAUAAAGUUAUACACACAUACAAGUUUAUAUAUAAUAUAUGCAUAUAUACACAUAUAUAUGUAUAUCUAUAUAUCUAUAUGUAUAUAUUUAUAUUUUUUACACUUUUAAUCAAAUUAUAAUGAAUCUACAUAAAGAUCGCUCUUUUCAGCAGGAAUAUACACAUACUUUCAAAUGACUUGUUAAGAAGUUUUUCCAACGUCUUUCUUACAUUGGCGCGUACAUUCUAAUUUACCGUGUCACCCUUUAAGCUUAUUAAUAAUUAAAUAAAUAUUUUGUAAUUCCUUUUUCUGUACACUCUGUUCGAAUAAUUUCUUUAAAUCUAGAAUUAGAAUGUAUCGUGGCGACUGCGCGUAAUGAAAUAUGUAUUUUUUAUUCAUUUUAUAUUUUUGUUAAAAAAGAAAAAUGAAGUUACGUGAACUUUUAAUCGGAAUUUUAGCCUCGAUUUUUGUCCUCUUACUUCAAAAAUGAUGAUAAGUAAAUCUUUUGAUGAUCUCUUUAAAAUAUAUAUCUGUUUCAAAUCAUUUUAUAUUUUUUCUGAAUCGAUUUCUGAAAAUUCUACGUAAUCGCAAUUCUUGAUGUAAAUAGUGCAAAGAAAUAAAGAAAUAAAAAAGAAAUCUUUGUUUAUUAUGAAGUAAUUCUGAAAAAGAGCGAGAGAAAGAGAUUAGUUUCCUUUAAUUAUAUAUAUAUAUAUAUAUAUAUAUAUAUAUAUAUAUAUAUAUAUAUAUAAAACUAAAAAGUAGGGUAUUUAUAAAAACUAAUUUUUAUUUUAGCGUAUAUAUAAUAUGAUUCUUUCCAGAGAGAAUUAUUUUUCUUUCUGAGAGAAAUAUAAAAGGGUAAGAAAUGUAUAUUUCAUUACGCGCGUCGCCAUAAUGCAUUUUUAAUUUUUUUUAGACUUAAGGGAACUAUUUGAACAGGGUGUGCGUAAAGAGGAAUUACGAAAUAUAUUUACUUCAUAAGCUUAAAGGAUGAUGCGAUAAAUUAGUGCGCCAAUAUAUGAAAGAUGUUGGAAAAGCUUCCGGGCGAGUCAUUCGAAAGCACGUACUGUUAAUAUAUAUUUCCAUAACGAAAAUGGAGGCGUCUUGGAACUUUUUCUUCUUUAAAUUGCAGCUGACGCUUGCAAUUUUUCCUAUUCAGAUUCGGAAGCUUCGAAAAACAGCUCGUGAGCUCCAUAAUUCUACUACAAGUAUAUUCACCGUUUUGAUGAUGGCCGGUAAAGAAGCUGUCACGUGUUCUUACAAGAAGCUAAUUUCGCUAAUCUAUUUGUUGUCGUUAUGUACAUAUGACGUAAAUUAUAUAAUACAAAUAGUUACUCUUACGCGAAAGAACAUCGAUAUUUCAUAAGAGAGCGCGAUUAAUUCGCGCGAGUGAAUCGCACUAUUCACUUCGAGAGUGGCGAAUACAUGAAAAUUUCAGAAAGCGCUUCAGAUAAAAUAUAAAAUAAUAUGAGAGAGACGUAUUGUGGCGAGAUUAUCAAAAAGUUACUUUUCGCCACUUUUGAAGUAAAUAAAUCAAGAAGAUUUUACGACAGUCAUACGUGUACAUAGAAAGAAAUGCGUUUGCGCAUUCAUACACGUGUAUAUAAUAAGUAGAUUGCAAGACAAGAUGGAUUCUUUUUAUUGGCGUCGCGUCAGAGGGUUCGUCAAAGGAAAUUGAUUAGUUGAUUAAUUGAUUAACGAUAAUUGUACAACGUGGUCGUAAUAUAGUCAGACCAGAGGCAAAGGAGCGUAGUGAUCGAGAAUAUAAUUUCGGGACCAUCUUGUCACGAUCGGACAAUACGUUAUAACCGUAUUCGUGGUCUCCGGACGCAUCACUGUGUUACCAAAGAACACUAAUUAUUAUCGUUAAUGUACCUAUAAUACUAUGUAAGGAUCGCGUUUUUUUCUUUUCGUUCAUUUUAGACGAUAUUUUUUUAAUAAAACUAUAAAAUUAUUUCCUUCGUUAACUAAUCGUACGAAGAUAAAAUAACGGCAACCAUUUGUGGAUUACGUGAUAACUGUAUAUGUCAUCUCUGAUUAUGAACUUAUCUAUUAUUUCUCUUAUUAUCAUUACACAUUGUUACACUACUAUGAUAAUUAUCAUUAUUAUAUUUUUAUUAUUAUUAUCAUUGUCACCAUAUCGUUAUCUAAUAUGAUUAAACAUUAUGAUAUUAUCGUUUACAAAUUUCGAAGAGCAAGAGAAAAGAGCGAGAUAUUUUUACAAAUAGUUUGCUCUGUCUCUCAAUAGUUCCAAUAUCAUUUUCCACUUGAAAAUUUCCGCUUGUUAAGUCUACGCUUUGUCGUUGUUUUGUACAUAGUUUAUACACAUUGUCGGAGUACAUAUACAGAUUAUAGAAAUUAAGUUGUUUAAGUAACUAGAUAUAAAAAAGAGUAUAUAUAUAUAUAUAUAUAUAUAUAUAUAUAUAUAUAUAUAUAAAUGUAAAAUAUCUCUUUAUGCGAAUGAGAUUGUGCUGAUUGCUAUCACCGUUGAACUUCAAAUGCAGAACAUUCCAAUGGGAGCAAAGCAAACAGAAGUAUAUGGAAGGAUUACAGGAUGAUAAACGAGAAAAAGUUAGAGAGAGAAUAUUAUUAGGAAAAAAAAAAAAACACAUGAGAGAGAAAGAGAGAAGUGAGAAAAAUGUAUGCAUGUGGGCAUGUGUGUGUAACGUAUAUGCGCGAACGCUGAACGUGCGCUCAUCGAAGGUUCUAUAGGAAUCACGACUUUUAUUGAUCGACGAGAAAAAGUACUUCCUUUUUCCUUUUCCGUUUGCAAGCAGAUCGCCACGGCAAAACGCGCCCGCCGUCGCGCGAUUUAACUCACAAUAAUGUUUGCGGCACAUUUUUAGUAAGAGAGUACCCAAUAAAGCGUUUCAAUUGGAAUUAUAAUUCUUACCUUUUCAAUGACUUCAAACUCGAAUACUCUUGCGAUGAUGAUACGACACAUCGCGCCAAAUACAAUUUUUCGCCCGUAUACCAUAGUAAUCGGACAUGUGUCUCUAAUCGACAUAGUGCAAUAGUCUGUAGCGAUACCGUGUAUUAUCAGUCGUCGUCACAAUCAUGUUUCUAUCAUGCACGACGUAAAUAGUCUCAGCUCAGCCCUUCCCUCCAUCCCUCCCGCCCUCCUUCCUUUCCUUCAACACCUUUCUUGUCUUAUUAAUUUCAAGCAGGCAUCAUAUUUCUUUACAAAUAUAAGCUAUCAACAGUUCAUAUCUUACCGCUAGCAUUGUACAUUUAUAUGUAAUCCACCACUCAGAUCUUUGUAGCCACAUAUUCGCAAGGACCGAGCUCCGUUUUGCGAACUACAUAUUUCUCCCUCCCCCGCGAAUCCGUCUAGCAAUAAUGUUCACUGCGCGCUCUGCUAAUAAUUGAUACUUAUGAUUACGCCGCGACGAUGAUUUAUCAUUCGUAAAAUUCGUCAAGCAAUUGGGAGGAAUUUGUUGUAUUGAAUAUUGUUCUCGAUUAUAAAUAAGAAUCGAAUCGAAUUGAUCGUGUUAUCGAUAACGUUGCCCGUUUUGAGGAAAAUCCCAUGGCACAUCCGAAAUACGAAGUAAAAGGAAAAGGGAAAGACGAAGGAGACGAAAUAGAGAAGGACUUUAUAGAGAACGAGAAAAUGUGCGACACUUAUUCUGUUCUUCUUUUUUUCCUAUGUUCGAUAAAAAAGUGUCCGUCGUGUGUACCUUAAUUCGCCUACGCGGAAGUGCAGUUCAUAUAUAGUCGCGAAUUGGUGUAUAUUGAUUAAAGAAAAAAAAAAAAAUAUGUAUUUGUUCCUAAAGAAAUGAUAAGAGUAGUAUAAUAUAAUAUACUGUCAAAAAAUAUUAAUAUUAAUAAUAACGAUAAUUUGAUGGUACAUACUUUUCUUAUAAGUAACAUUAUACAUUACGAUUAUUGUAGAGUUGGUACGGUUCUUGAGGAUGCCUUGCCUGUAAAUGUAACACACGUUAAAUGAAAAAAAAAAAAAUCUUAUUACCUUGUAAAUGUUUUACCAAAUAUAAUCCGAUUAUUCAACUUA